AUGUGGCCCUGCCUGGAGAGGCAGGUGUGGACAGUGGGACCCCAGGUGGAAGGCCCAGCUGAGGCAAGGCAAGGAAGUGGGGGCGGAGCUCGUCAGUCCUGCGGUCGGAAGCCCCGACUCCACUGUCCAGCGCCCGGCCUCCCCCUGCCUUUCAGGGUUUCCUGGCCACAGCCGCCGUGGCCCCUUGCCUCCCUCCAGUGCGGCGCCGCGGGCCUGGCCGUUCACCGCACGGUCCAGCUGCUUCGCUGUGCGGCCCGGGCACACCUGCCCCGGGUGGGGACCGGCCGGGGUCGGGGACUCGCGCCACUUCCGGAGGCUGAGCGGGAAGGGGCCGCGUCUGCUUUUAAACAAGCGAUCGAGUCUUUCCUCCGGCCUCCGAGGGCCCAGGCGGAGGGAGGUGGGGGCGGGUCGGAAAAGGGAACUCGGACGGGAAAGCGAACCCUAGGCGGUUUCGUGCGCCCAGACCCGGACACAAAGGCAACUGCGGGCGUAGCGGCGCGGGGCGGCGGCCUUGGACCCGGCGGCUCCGGCGCCCCCGGCCCUUCCGUGGAGGAGAGAAACCCGGGCGGCUGGGGGCGGCUCGCUCCGGCCACACCCCAACACCUGCACCCCGGCGCAGGAGGGGCCGCGCCCGCCCUCCGGCCCUGGCGCGGGCUGGGCCGCUGCGCCCUAGGGCUCUGCUCUGUCGCAUCUUUGUUCUGGCCUCAACUCGAGAUCCCCUGGGCCCAUCCACCCACACCCCAGGGCUCUGCCCGGGCGUCGACCCCUAACCUUCGCUGCCCCUUUCACUGUUCCGCGAUCACAGCCCCCAUCCGGGCCCCGCUCCCGCGCGUCACGUGGCCGCGGUGGGGUCGGGGACGCCGGCUCCUGGGACCCCACGGCUGUACGUGCCGGGCCUCUGCCCGGGCGGAGCUCAGCGGGGCGGGGGCGCUGCGUUCUCUCCCUGCUGCAGCCAAGGGGGCUGGGGCUGCGGUUGUGAGGCCGCCGGAGAGCCGGCGGCCCCUGCCCGGGUGGAGCUCGGGGAGGGUCAGUGCCGCGCUAAUGGCAGUUCAUGGCAGUAAGCGCGCACCGCCUUGUCGCGAGGACAGCACAGACGUCCGACCUGAAAAGCCCGCAAGACCCUCCAGGGCAAGGACUGACUUUGAUUUCCCACAGACCUGUGUGUCCAAGGGAGAGCUCCACGUGGGUGUCUCACAACACAUCACCAUGUCCAAAGCCGAAAUCUCCUGAAGCACCGCGGCUCCUGCACAUGGUUCAGCAUCUUGCUUUGGAAGACAAUUCAGGAAGUAGAAUCCACAGGACUUGAUGGUUGAGGGCAAGGAAGAAGGCAUCGGGAGGACUAUGUGGACUUGUAGAUGGUGUCCAGAUAUCCAGCUGGACAAAGAGACAGCAGGAUUACGCAGAGGUGGAAGAAACACAAAACAAAAGGUAUAGAUCCUGGGGAGCGGGGGUUGGAGUGAACCAAGACUACUGCGCCUGCGGGUCAUGUGGGUAGCAUCUCGUCUACAUGCAGCUGAUGGAUUCACCCUCGGGUAACACCUUUCUCCUCCUAUUUUUGUGCCUACUCUCUAGGGGUCUCCUUUUGGCCUUCAGGGUACCUGGGAAGCUAGAUUAGUGAUCAGUACGUGGCAAGAUAAACAGAGAACAUCUCAAAGGAGUUAGAUGACCCUGUGAGGCAUUUUCUUCUGACUGUGGAGAAGCCAGUGUGGUAGCCAAGGAGCAAUGGCCAGGCUCUGGGCACUGCUAAUCACCUUACAUUGCAUUUUCAUUCUCCAUCCCUUUUGAAAAGGAUAACUACAAACAACUAAAGCAUGUUGAGUACUUUCCAUAUGCUAGGCACUGUAAUAAGCAUUGUUCAUAAAUUAUGAUGUUUACUUUUCACAACAAUAAAGAAAGUCUAAUCAAGAAAUCCAGGAGUUCCCUGGUGGCCUAGUGGUUAAGGAGUCACUGCUGUGGCACAGGUUCAAUCCCCAGCCCAAGAACAUCUGCAUGCUGUAGGCAUAAGCAAAAAAAAAAAAAAAAAAAAA